AUGUCUUCCCAGAAAUACACACUGCUCAAGACUUCACUUUUGGCAGUGGUUAUCGUCGGCCUAUUUUCAAAAUAUCGGAAAUCGAGCCAGCACGAGCAGCUUGUGCCGAAUCCGUCUAUGCGGCAGCGCAUUCGAAUCUUGCUCAUUCUACCAAUUUACUACUUCGCCAAGCUCAUCAAGCUUCCAUUCCAACUUUGUCUUUCCCUCAACAAAAUACGACUUGCAUCCAAUGGCAUCGAUGACUCCCAGCUAGCCGAUGAGAAAGAGCUCGAAGGGAUGCUUCGUCGAAUUGGAGGGGCUGGACUGCGCUCGACUGGUAGCAAAGCGCAUAACGAUGUCAUCUCGUGGAUCGAAGAAGAGCUGAAAGCCAUUCCUUCUCUACAAGUUCAAACCGAGGAGAUCGAGCUUAUGGGUUGGCAACCGGAGAAAUCGUUGUGUGAGGCGGGUAGCCUUACGGUUGUCAACCAGGCGGGAGCCGAGCAUGAACCCAUACCAAUUGCUGGCGUCGUACCGUACUCCCUUCCAGUUUGUGGCCAAACAGGCAGCCUGGUCUACGUUCCUCAGGGAGUGCCACUGUCUAAUCAAGAUUUAUCUGGCAAGAUGAUCCUCCGAGACUUCCCUCUUCGAGGGAUUCCCUAUAUCCUUGGAAUGCUCCCACAGUACCACAAGACUGCCGACCUUGAUGCUGACACUUGGCGAAUUUACGAACGGCCCGGUCUGGCCGAUCAACCUAUACACGAGGAUUUAUUACAAGCUGGCAGAAUUGGUGCUGCUGGGGUGAUAUUUAUUUUCGAUCUUCCUCGACAGCAGGUAGAGUCAUAUUGGGAGCCCCAUAAGGGAACACACUACCUGGUCCCCGCCGCAUAUAUCGGCGUUGAUGAAGGACGGUUUCUCAAAGAGAAAGCUCUCGAAGGAUAUGCCGCCUCUCUGUCUGUAGAUGCAACCACAUUCUCCUUGGUGACUCGCAAUCUCACUGGAGUCUUGCCUGGGCAGACCGAUGAACGUAUCAUCUAUAUCACCCAUACGGAUGGUAAUACGUUUGUCCAGGAGAACGGCCCGGUGGCACUUCUGGCUCUAGCGAAGUACUUUGCAAACCAGCCUCUCAGCUCCAGACGAAGGACAAUUGAGUUUGCGUUUAAUGCAGGUCAUCUGCAUAUCUCUCGUGAAGGCAGUUUGAGACAUGCCCGGCAGUUGAGGGAAACCUUCGACCGCAACAAUUUGGCCUUGACCAUACCUGUGGAACAUCUAGGGACCCGUGAGAUAGAACCUGUUUCGCGUGAAGACAACAAGAUUGGCCGCACGCUCAAGUUCACUGGUCGUGGAGAAUUGAUGUUUUGGUGUGCAGGCCCUAGUGUCCCCGUUGUCAAGGCUGUCAAAAAGGCCGUGGCACAGCGCAAACUCGAUCGUGUCCUGAUUACUCGUGGAGUCUCCAAGCCAAACCUCAAAAGCGCACCAACUUUCACGUCAUUUGGCGGAAUUGGUACUUACUACCACAACCUUCUGCUUCCAACGACGUCACUCAUCUCAGGACCUUGGUCACUGUGGGCCCCGGAGUUUGGAAUCGAAGCUAUCGAUAUUCGAAGGCUGAGACAACAAAUAUCGGCCCUAGGAGACGUGUUUGCUUAUCUUGACUGCGUGCCGAAAGAAGCCAUCUUGGGAGAUUACGCUUGCUAUCACAAAGAUGGGUGGAAGUCGGUACCAAUUGAAAGCCCUCCUGAGCAAGCGAGUGAGCAUGACGAGUCUGUCAAUAGCAAUGUUAAGUACUAG